AACUGGGAGGACUCUGGGGAGGCCUAAGGACUCUGUCUCCACAGGUGUCAGAAUGUUGAGCUGGGCCCAGAAGGUGCUGCCUCAGCCCCCGGAGGCCCGUCGGAAGACCAAGACAGAGGAGGAGGAGGGGGCAGAACCAGAGCGGGAGCCAGAGACCGAAACAGCCCUUGAAGAGACUGUCCUAGAGGAGGAGUCCCUGCCACCUGAGGAGCCCUGUGUCGGGGAGGAAGUGGCUGCUCCAGGCCCUCAGGAAACCCAGGAGGCUGCCCCUUCUCCACCUACAUCCCUCCAGGCCCAAGUCGCUGUGGUUCCUGAAGUGAACAGUGGUCCCAGCGGCUGGGUGCCGACCUGGCUCAGGAAGGGCCUGGAGAAGGUUGUCCCACAGCCCAUCCACAGUGACAGGACCGCCCAGAGCACUGCUGCUGGCUUGGAGGGUGCAGCUCAGGCAGGAGCACAGAUCCUUGGGCAUUGCAGCACUGGGGGCUCAGGUGGACCCAAUGAGGCCCCCAGGGCCCAGGACACCGGGUCCGGGUCCUGGCUGCUCAGGUGGCUUGAGCAGAAUGUGGAAAAAGUGCUGCCUCAGCCCCCGAAAAUAUCUGAGGGCUGGAGAGACGAGCCUGUGGAUGCUGCCUUGGGUCCAGAGCCCCCAGGACCCUCCUUGGGAACCAAGCCCGAUCCCGUGCUUCAGGCCCAGGAGAGCCCCUCCCUGCCUGCUCCCGACCCCCCAGAGCCCAAGGAGGAGCCGACUCCAGACCCCCUGCCCAGCAUCCAGACCUCCUCCCUGCCACCCGCCCGGGACUCUGCCAGGUUGGUGGCAUGGCUCCUGCACAGGCUGGAGAUGGCCCUGCCGCAGCCAGUGCUCCAUGGGAAGGCUGGGGAGCAGGAGCCUGACACCCCUGUGACGUGUGACGUGCAGACCAUCAGCAUCCUCCCUGAAGGGCAGGAGGAGCCCGAUCUCAUCCUAGAGGAGGUUGACCCUCACUGGGAGGAGGACACGCAUCAGGAGGGCAGCACCAGCCUGCAGAGCUCAGAGGCAGCUCCAGCUGCUGAAGAAGAGAACGAGGUGGUGGAGCAGAUGCCCAGGAUGUUGCCUCGGAUUCAAGAGGAGAAAGAAGAAGAGGAGGAGGAGGAGGUUCGAGAGGAGAAGGAGGAGGUUCAAGAAGAGGAGGUUCGAGAGGAGGAGGAGGUUCGAGAGGAGAAGGAGGAGGUUCGAGAAGAAGAGGUUCGAGAGGAGGAGGAGGUUCGAGAGGAGAAGGAGGAGGUUCGAGAAGAGGAGGUUCGAGAGGAGGAGGAGGUUCGAGAGGAGAAGGAGGAGGUUCGAGAGGAGAAGGAGGAGGUUCGAGAGCAAAAGGAGGAGGUUCGAGAGGAGAAGGAGGAGGUUCGAGAGCAAAAGGAGGAGCUACAGGAGGAGGCGGUGGGGGCCAGCUCAGGAGUGCCCGCCACGGAGGAGCACCCAGAAGUGCAGGUGGAGGAUGCUGAUGCUGACAGCCGCCCCCUCAUCGCCGAGGAGAGCCCACCCUCACCCGUGCUGCCGCCCCCUUCUCCUGCUAUAUCCGACACCCUCAUGGUACCAGGAUCGGCCACAGGGAGCCUCAGGGAGAGGCUGCCCUCCCAAGAUGAUGAGGCUGAAGGGCUCAGGGUGCUGUCACCAGCUGUAUCGCCUGUGGUCGCCUGGUCGGACCCUACCAGCCCACAGGGCACUGAUGACCAGGACCGCGCAGCCUCCACGGCCAGCCAGAACAGCGCCAUCAUCAACGACCGGCUCCAGGAGCUGGUGAAGCUUUUCAAGGAGCGAACGGAGAAGGUGAAGGAGAAGCUCAUCGACCCUGACGUCACCUCCGACGAGGAGAGCCCCAAGCCCUCCCCAGCUAAAAAAGCCCCAGAGCCAGCUCCGGACGUGAAGCCCGCUGAAGCAGGGCAGGUGGAGGAGGAGCACUAUUGCGACAUGCUCUGCUGCAAGUUCAAACGCCGCCCCUGGAAGAAGUACCGGUUUCCCCAGAGCAUCGACCCGCUGACCAACCUGAUGUACAUCCUGUGGCUGUUCUUCGUGGUGCUGGCCUGGAACUGGAACUGUUGGCUGAUUCCUGUGCGCUGGGCCUUCCCCUACCAGACGCCGGACAACAUCCACCUCUGGCUGCUGAUGGAUUACCUGUGCGACCUCAUCUACCUCCUGGACAUCACCGUGUUCCAGCUGCGCCUGCAGUUUGUCCGAGGCGGGGACGUCAUUACGGACAAAAAGGAGAUGCGCAACAAUUACCUGAAAUCUCAGCGCUUUAAGAUGGACAUGCUCUGCCUCCUGCCCUUGGACUUUCUCUACUUGAAAUUCGGUGUGAAUCCCCUCCUGCGCUUGCCCCGCUGUUUGAAGUACAUGGCCUUCUUCGAGUUUAACAACCGCCUGGAAUCCGUCCUCAGCAAAGCCUACAUUUACAGGGUUAUCAGGACCACAGCCUAUUUGCUCUACAGUUUACAUUUGAACUCAUGUCUGUAUUACUGGGCAUCGGCCUAUGAGGGUCUCGGCUCCACUCACUGGGUUUAUGAUGGUGUGGGAAACAGUUACAUUCGCUGUUACUACUGGGCUGUGAAGACCCUCAUCACCAUUGGCGGCCUGCCCGACCCCAGGACACUCUUUGAAAUUGUCUUCCAGGGUCUGAACUAUUUCACGGGCGUCUUUGCUUUCUCCGUGAUGAUUGGACAGAUGAGAGACGUGGUGGGGGCCGCCACCGCGGGACAGACCUACUACCGCAGCUGUAUGGACAGCACAGUCAAGUACAUGAACUUCUACAAGAUCCCCAGGUCCGUGCAGAACCGUGUCAAGACCUGGUACGAGUACACCUGGCACUCCCAAGGCAUACUGGAUGAGUCAGAGCUGAUGGUGCAGCUUCCAGACAAGAUGCGGCUGGACCUCGCCAUUGACGUGAACUAUGACAUCGUCAGCAAAGUGGCGCUCUUCCAGGGCUGCGACCGGCAGAUGAUCUUCGACAUGCUGAAGAGGCUCCGCUCGGUCGUCUACCUGCCCAACGACUACGUGUGUAAGAAGGGGGAGAUAGGCCGGGAGAUGUACAUCAUCCAGGCGGGACAGGUGCAGGUCUUGGGUGGCCCAGAUGGGAAGGCUGUGCUGGUGACGCUGAAAGCUGGAUCUGUGUUUGGAGAAAUAAGCUUGCUGGCUGUUGGGGGCGGGAACCGGCGCACAGCUAACGUGGUGGCCCACGGGUUUACCAACCUCUUCAUUCUGGAUAAGAAGGACUUGAAUGAAAUUUUGGUGCAUUACCCCGAGUCUCAGAAGUUGCUCCGGAAGAAGGCCAGGCGAAUGCUGAGAAAUAACAACAAGCCCAAGGAGAAGAGCGUGCUCAUCCUUCCUCCGAGGGCGGGCACCCCCAAGCUCUUCAGUGCUGCCCUGGCUGCAGCAGGAAGGAUGGGUGCCAAGGGGGCCAAAGGCGGCAAGCUUGCCCACCUCAGGGCUCGACUCAAGGAGCUGGCUGUGCUGGAGGCAGCUGCACGACAGCAGCGGUUGCUGGAACAGGCCAAGAGCUCUGAAGACCCCACGGGAGAAGGGGGCUCGGUCGCUCCAGAACAGCCUGCACCCUUGGACCCUCCAGCCCUGCGCUCUCCACCACCUGCCCCCCAGAGGAGGCCUGACAGAGAUGAGGAGGGGGCAGCCCAGCCCGAGGAGCACUCAGUGCGGAUCUGCAUGAGCCAGGGUCUGGACCCCAGCGAGCAGGUCCUGUCAGUGGAGAUCCCAGAGGAGGAGAAGGAGGAGAAGAAGGAGAAGGAGGAGGAGAAAGAGGAGGAGGAGAAGGAGGAAAAGAAGGAGGAGGAGGAGAAUAAGGAGGAGGAGGAGGAGGAGAAGGAGGAGGAGAAGGAGGAGGAGGAGAAGGAGGAGGAGAAGGAGGAGGAGGUGAAGGAGGAAUGAGCUGGCCAACAGCGCCCAGGCACAGGCAGGUGCAUGCGCCCUGCACACCCCCUCGCGACCUCGUAACCCCUGCCCCUCAUGCUCCCCCGCCCCCAGGCCUAGCUCUGAUCUGCAGCAGUGACCUCAGUCACUCUCAGUUAACCGCUCGCUCAGCCAGGGUUCCUGCCUUGACAUCAGCUUCUCCCCGGGGCUGGUCUUGAAAUCAGCAGACUUCCCAGUGUUUGUGCCCCAAAGUUCCCACUGUGAGUAGAGAACCCUACCUCCCCCCGCCUGUUAUUAUUUUUCAGAACAAAAUAUUUUACUAUGGGGCUUCAACACAUGGGAAGCCUCGUGGGAGAAGUAAGCAGUCGUUGAAUUUGGGGUUUUCCCUUGGCUUUGUCUCCCCAUUCCUGGCAGAAAGAAAGGCAGUUAUGCUGUUUCUUUGACUAAGUGGGAAUUACAGCACGUCUGACCCCUGGCCCCAUGCUGUUUUUCUUUGCUGGGCUGUCACGUUAAGGCUGUGAUGCUCCUUAGGACAGUUAGCACUUAUCUUCCUCAGAGUGUAUUCAGUUCCCAGUGAUGCUGUUAUCCCAGGAUAGAUAAAAUGGAAAUGGCUUACUGGCAAGGGGCUGUGAGCGUUUCUGAGCAUCCCCUCUGCCAGUCACCCAAUCCUCCUCAGCAGGGAUUAAUCUAUCACUUGCUCUGGACACCCUUGCUGUAGAGAUGAUGCUAGCAACUUCGAUUAAGCCUGAAAGGUGAAAUCUCAUGGCUGACACCACUGAAGUUCCUGAGGUUUCUCCAGAUCAAGUUGUGUUGCUUUUAUGAUUUUCAAAAAAAAAAAAAGGAAAAAGAGUCAUUCAGUCAAAUGAAUAUUCACGGAGAUUAUAUUUGCAUACUGAAUAGCUCUUGGGGGAAUGAGUGACUGAAAACAAAAACUAGUAUUGGGCUAUUUGUUUCCAUCAGCAACGGUUCACACCAAAGACCCAGCAUUCUAAUGGGUUCUGCUCAUUUCAAAUAAAAUCACAGGAACCUUGUGAACUACUGAAGGAGCCUUUGAAGGCUGGCAAAAGUGUGUUUUUAUCCAGCAAACUAAAAGCAGAACCUUCAUUUCCCCUGUGAAAAGAAGUAAACAAUAUGCGAAUUCUCAGGCUGGUCUAAGCAUUUCCAAAUACCAGGGUAACAAAUUCAUCUAGUCAAUGACAUAUCAUGUGAUCUGAGUAAUCAUUAUAUUGAAUAUAGUGAUGGGCAAUUUAUGUUACCCUUUUUAAAAGCUUUUAUUAAUUCACUUUUAAAAGUAAUAACAUAUUUACAUGUGUACAGAAGGUUAGCCAGUAAAAAUUCUCCCUCCUACCCCAGAUGCCCAACCUCCCUGCUCCCCUUCCUGGAAGCAACCACUAUUAUCAGUUUCUUGUUUAUUCUUUCAUAGAUUUUUUUAAGCUUAUACAAGGAAAUAGGUAAAUUCAUUCUUGUUU